AUGAACGACUGGGAAAUUGGCGGUACACAGAACAAAUGGGUCUGCCCAAGUGAUCGUCAUUUGCAACUGAGGGCGCAAUUAAAAAGUGGUUGGAGUGUUCGGACGGCAAGUGCUCGUUCUCCAACGAAUAUCAAACAGAACAAUGUUAUCACGGAUUCUGAAAAGAAGCAAAUCAGAGCAGUUUUAGCUCGAGCAGAAGAAAGAAAGUUGCGUGAGCAACAACGAAUCGGUCGAAUGAUAUGUCGUCUGGAAGAAAUGAAAGCUCGAGCUACAGGUAAUGGAGUUACUCAAUGCUACUUGUGCUGCACUGAUUUCGGACUACUCGCUCCAAAGAGUUAUGCUGCUUUGUGCUCGCAAUGUCGGAAGUACGUUUGUCAGAAAAAUUGUGGUGUGGAAACUUACGAUUGCGCUCGAAGAGAACAUAUUUUUUUGUGCAAAAUCUGUAGCGAGUAUCGUGAGGUAAUGUGGAAGAAAUCAGGAGCUUGGUUUUAUAAAGAGAUCCCAGAAUAUGUCAAGCCAACCUCAAAUUCCACUUUUUCUGUUGCAAAUGCCAAACCUCAUCACAAGGGACAAUGUGAAUCUUUGAAAAUUACUCCAAUUAGAUAUAAUCAAUAUUUAUUUCUAUUUGUAGUUUAUUUUAUUAUUGCUUAUAGCAUGAUUGAGUCUCCACGUGCUCGAAUAACUCCCUCUUGGCUGCGAGAAAAGAUACAAACAUCACUAAGCGUUGCAACUGAUUCCGAAAAUGAUUCCACUUCUGAAGAAAUCGAAAAAGAAAAUGAAGAACGAAUCUCACAAGAAACUUAUCAAAUGUCUUCAACUGAUUCUCUAUCAAUUCGACAGAUCCAAAGUCAAAAUCGGGACAUUCCAUCAAAUUUACCAAGUAUGACAUCUAUUCACAGGUUCACAACUGGCCCUCGGAGACAAACCACUGAUACUGGAAUAAAUUUCAAAAUUGAAAAUUUUCAGAAUCUGAAAGCAAUGGAUCGAAAUGGGCUUUCUGAUCCUUAUGUAAAAAUGUAUUUGAUUCCAGGAGUUUCAAAAGCAACAAAAAUGACCAGUAAAACUAUUGAAAAAACACUGAAUCCAAAAUGGAAUGAAGAAUUCACAUAUUAUGGCGUUACUGCUGAAGAUUACUGGAAGAAAUCAAUUCAGCUAAUGGUAUUUGAUCGAGAUCGGAUCGGUGCAGAUUUUCUUGGAGUGGUUCGAGUUCCAUUGAAGAAACUGAGUAAAGAAGAAGAAAAAAGCUAUGAUCUCUAUCUAGAACACGCAUCACGGAUUGAAAAUGUAAAUACAAGCGAUGAACGUGGGAAAAUCUGUGUAAGCUUACUUUAUAAUGUACAACAAGGUUCGCUACAUGUAACAAUUAAACGUUGCGUAGAGCUUCUUGGCAUGGACACAACAGGAUUUUCGGAUCCUUACGUAAAAAUUUCAUUACUUCCACUCACUAACAAAACGCAUAGGCAGAAGACGUCGACAAAAAAACGAACAUUGAAUCCCGAAUUUAAUGAGACGCUGACGUUUGUAAUACCCUAUAAAGACUUACCCAAGAAAACAUUACAAAUCGAUGUUUUCGAUAAAGAUGUCGGGAAACACGACGACUAUAUCGGAAGCAUUUUACUGUCCACAUCAGCAAAAGGUGAGCGACAGAAGCAAUGGAACAACUGCAUACAGAAUCCUGGCUAUGAAUUCGAGCAAUGGCAUAAAUUGGAGAUGAUCGAGUGA